GUUGGUUGUUUGCAUCUGGUUUGCACAUUUUGCUUCAGAGAGGAUUGUUUAUGAUGUAUAUCUUGAAUUUGAUGACAAUAUGCAUUCGCGUCAUACUUUCCUGCAGCAUUGAUUGAAGUUUACGAAUCGCUAUUUUUUCUUCCAAAAUUUGGAUCUUAUACUAUAACUUUCCUUUUUUGAGAGAGUUUUUGUAGGAGGUUGCUACUAAGGUAUCGAUAUCGGUGACAAAAUUAGUGAGUUUCACUAAUCAUCAUUUACAUAGGUAGACAGGAUCAUGUGUUUGUGUGGCAGUCAGAAAACAUGGCUGAUUGGGUGGUGGAUUAUUCACUCAAUGGCCGCAGUCAUGUUGAUCUUCGCCUAUGCCGACAGCGACUGGCUAGUUAGAGUGCACUGGAACGAGAAGAUGAUGAAAGAGUGGCCAAAAAAUGUGGAAGUUGGCUACCUGAAGAACGAUAGUGGAGCCGAGAUUAUUACAUACCACGCUGCCAAACUGAAUUUACAUUGGAAAACGGAAUGGAUGAACGACCCUAAGGAUCCAAAGAUGCAGUUCAGAGACUGGAAUCUCCUCUUCACAGAGCCAGACAGUCCCUUUUGGCUAAUUGCACUGGUCGCCAUGCUGGGCGCCAUUCCUCUGUCUCUCAUGCUGGCUUUCCUUCUUUUCCCAUUGAUUUUGUUCUUCGCCGGAUGUUCCAACUGCUCAAUUAGACUACAUCGCAAACUGAACAAAAUCUACAAGCCUUUCAGAAUAGUGUGUCAGAUUCUGAGUUUCUUGCUUGUCGUCUUGAUGGCUACAAUUGUAUUCUGCUUCGGAUAUGGAGUUGAAAACGAGCUUACAACCGGUCAGGUUUACAUGGAUUAUUUAUUCUAUUGCGGCCACCCGAAGCCAUUCCAUCCCGACCUUUGUUCGUUUGGGUUCGGUUAUUGGAAUAUGUGUAUUGCGCUUUUAAUCCAACUAAUAGCUGCUCUUCUCUCAUUGGCUGAAUGCUGCAUAAACUUCCAGCCAAUCAAAGCCGACAAUAGACCGGAAAGCAUUUUUGAAAACCUAAACAUGGACGAUCCUCGAGUCCAGUUCGUGUUGGAGCGACUUCGCGACAUGAGAAACCGAAUGUCGACUGUGAACAUGUCAGUAAGACAUUCAAUGCGACGACAGUCGACGAGACGAGGAACUGUGCUUGGAAAAAAUUGGAGGCCUCCGAGUCAUGAAAUGACAGACGCAUGUGAUGAUUUGACGGGAUCAAAAGUUUAGAUUUGCAAACUAUUAUAGUUCAUUAAACUUUUAUUGUCCAACUUUUUUUAGAAUAUUGAGAAAACUUUUGAGAC